AUGGAUGAGACAGAGCAAAGCUUAGCUAAUCAAUCCUCUCUGACAGAAUUUCUCCUCCUGGGAUUCUCAGAGGUUCAGGAGCUACAGAUUCUCCACUUUUUUGCAUUCCUUGCUUUUUAUCUGGCAGCAGUUACUGGGAAUCUUCUCAUCAUCUCUGCAGUUGCCUUUGACCACCACUUGCACACACCCAUGUAUUUCUUUUUGAUGUGUUUAGCCUUACAGGACCUGGGACAAGUUUCGGUCAUUGUCCCCAAAUCCAUGGCCAAUUCUCUCAUGAACACAAGACACAUUUCUUAUUCUGGCUGUGUCGCUCAAGUAUUUCUCUUCCUCUUCCUUUUAGCAUCUGAUUUCUCUCUUCUCACAGUCAUGGCAUAUGAUCGAUACAUUGCCAUUUGCAAUCCAUUACAAUAUGAGAUGCUGAUGAAUAAACAAGCUUGCAUCGAAAUGGUUGCUAGUGUAUGGAUCACUGGCUUUCUCUAUGGAGUGUUACACACCGGAGGCACGUUUGCAUCCCCUUUUUGCUCCAACAUUGUCAAUCAGUUUUUCUGUGAAAUCCCACACUUGCUUAAGCUGGCCUGCUCUGAUUUGUACCUAAUUGAAAUUGGAGCCCUUGCUUUAAGUGCUGUUUUAGGCUUAGGCUGCUUUGUUUUCAUCAUUAUAUCCUAUGUACACAUCUUCACUGCGGUGCUGAAAAUCCCCUCUACUAAAGGAAGGCAAAAGGCAUUUUCAACUUGUCUUCCACACCUCAUUGUUUUCUCCAUAUUUGUAUCCACUGGAUAUUUUUCUUACUUCAAGCCCACUUCUAGCACCCUAACAAAUCUUGAUUUGGCUUUUACCAUGAUCUAUUCUAUGGUUCCACCCAUACUAAAUCCAGUAAUCUACAGCAUGAGAAACAAGGAGAUCAGGCAUUCCCUAUCAAAACUAUUGGCACUGAGACAUGCUUCAAAGAAUUCAUUCUUUAAGUUUUUUGUGUAA